UGGGUGCGCGGACGCAGACUGCCCCUAGACUUAGCUGCUCGCGCACGUAUCGCGCUCCAGUGGCCAGUGACUCGGACAGUUUCACUGACUCGGAAUAAGUGAGAACAAGUGAAAAUAAAUUGAGUUACAAAGUGAACGGAGUAGGAUCCCGGCGAGUCCUGGUAUUUUUAGAACAUCGUCCUGUUCGGAAACUGGUUUCUCUUUAUCGCAAAAGUACGCGAUACCGGCCUGGCCCAAGCGACAAUGGCGCAAUACCAGUUCUUGUGUUUGGUGAUCGUGGCUGCGUUAGGUAUCGGAUCAUGCCACAGUCAGAGUUUGGUCCAAGACACGAGGACACAAGACAACACACCGCCUAGCAUGUUGAAAGAGGUAGAGGACAAUGGUCGGUACAAGACUUUAGAAGCCAAUGCCACUCUUCUGAAGCUCUUGGUGGACGAUAAGGAUGGAGUUAGCAGGUCCGAGGUAUUCGACAUGCUCCAUUCGAAGGACGAAAGCCAGGACCGCAUAGAUCUACUCACAUUCCCCCAAGACGCGGAAGAAGGCAAAGUAGCUGUUCCAAUUAUUCCUGACUCGCAAGCGGAAUUCCUUCAAGCUGAGGAACCAGUCCGCAAAGACUCCCAGCGGCUGCAGUCCGAGGCAGCGAGUGGCGAGCCCAUCGGGUUGGCAGCGGGCAUUAUGGUCGCAGUCACUUGCAGCAUCGUCGCGCUCGCUUACACGGCUCUCAUCGUCUGGAGACGGAUAUACUUAAAGAAAAAUGGCCUUAAACACGAACUCUUGCGGAACGAAGAGGCUAUCGCAGAAACUAGAAUCGAGUUGUGAAGCCAACCUGUACAAUGCAGUGAAGCACUUGAAAAUUCUGCGAUAAAAUAUCAAGACUGAAUUUGAUCAUAAUACUGCUUAGCUAUAAUUAUUAUCUCAUAUCGGAAUACCUAACUACAAAUCUUGAGUCGGUUGUGUGAUAACUAUGAAAAUAUACUUAAUUAUUUAUUAUUAGAUCUGAGAUUACGAUCAUUUACAGAAAAAUGUGUAUUAUCUUGAAAGAAAAGUGUAAUAAGGAUUUUACUGAACUGUUAAUAAACUAUGAAAUUACGAGAAAUUAUUUUAGGAUUUUACCUAUAUUAUUUAUUAUCAGUUGUCUUCUAUGACAUUGGUUAUUAGAUGUUAAUGAUCUAAUUUUUUUGAAUUUAUUUGCUAAGUCCUUUUGCUAAUGUUUCACAAAGUCUAAUAAUAUUAUAAACGGCAAAGAAUGCCUGUGCCAUAAUUUUUAAAUCAUCACAAAUUAGUCAUCCUAAAACUAUGAAGUAUUAAGCUGCAGAGACAUUACUGUGUUGUUAUGUGUCGCAAGUCGCAACGCCAUCUGGUAGGGCAGUAACUAUACAAGCUGAAGCGCGCCGGGGCGACUAAACCUUUAUGGCGCGUAACGACAUUCUACAACACAAUAAUGUGCCUCUAUUGGCAUAUGUACUAACAUAAUUCAUAUUUACUUACUUAAUUUAGAACAAUAUGUGUCUGUGAUGUAAUAAAUGCUAAGGGAAUGUG